AUGAAGAUCAUCAUUCUUUUCCCGUUUCUUUUCGUGGCCUUGUUCCUUGGUCUUCCAACCGUCGCCUUGGAGGCGACCGCCGUCGGUUCUGCCCAAACCGGAACCAACGACGACGGCGCCUUCCUCGGCGACGGUGAUGUCCCCAACACCAUUGUCGACGGCAAUGUCAUUGGAGGUGAUCCAAACGACCAAGUCGAGGCCAAGUCGCUCGAAGAGCGUCUUGAUGUUUGCGAGGUCAAGUUGCAUCGCUUUGAACAAACCACCGAAUCCGCCGAAGCCUCCGCCGAGGAAUGUACCGUACGUUUGGCUGCCGCUCUUGAAGACAACAAGAUUUGUGCCCUUUUGACUGAUGCUAUGGCGGAAGAUUUUACAAAGGAUCAGCUCAAGAAACAACGCAAAUUGGAGGAAACCACCCUUUUCUUGGCUGCUGAGUGUGACAAGAAGAUUCUUCAGUGCGAGGACAAGGCCAACGCUUGUACCACCCGUUUGGAUCACGUGAUGGAGUAUUCUGCGAAAAUGAGCAAGCCCAGUCUCGAGGAUCUCCACGUGUGCGAGCAUCAGCUGCAUCAGCUGCGUCGCGCAUUGGAGCGCUAG